UGGCGCGGCAUGUACUGCCGGCACGAGAGCGGCGUGCACCCGCGCGAGCCGCUGGGCGACCUGCUGCCCGCCGCCGUGGAGCACUGCUCCGCGCUCGAGCACCACAUCAGCUACCUGGCCAGGAGGAUAACGACCUUCAAGAACCUUCUAUCAGGCAAGAAGGUGGAGAAGUCCAAAGAGACCGCAGUGGUCAACUACCAGAACGGCAACGUGAACACUGUGGACAUUGAGACGAAGACAGACGCACUGCAGAUCGACAACAAAUUGCUGUACGAGUCUGGCGGCACUCUGUCGCAGCUGGAGUGCGCGAACCACGACCACCCGCUGAAGGACGUCUCCCUCACCAAGCCCUCCAAGAUCCCUCUCAUCACUGAGAGGGCGGACGACAGCAUCCCAGCCAGCCUGGCGGCUUUGGACGCGGAGGUGGGCAGCGUGGCGCUGGACUGGCGCAGCAUCAAGCACGUCACCGAGUGCUCCUGCUCCACGCCGCUCGACCACUUCAGCAGGAAGCACCACUGCUGGGGCUGCGGCCGCUGCGUGUGCGCGCGGGCGCCGCUCCCCGCGCUAAUGUAGACACUCCCCCUUUGACUGAAGGCCGGUUGUCGCUUGCAGCACCACUGCUGGGGCUGCGGCCGCUGCGUGUGCGCGCGGGCGCCGCUCCCCGCGCUAAUGUAGACACUCCCCCUUUGACUGAAGGCCGGUUGUCGCUUGCAGCACCACUGCUGGGGCUGCGGCCGCUGCG